AUGGACGUCGAUCCAACCAUCUUAUUGAAGGAGGACAAGAUGACAAAAAAUCAUGAUCUUUCUGCGGCGGCGGCGGAAGUCCUAUUUGGCGGUGCCUCUCCUAGCAAAAGGGAGACCAAGGACGUCGUUCCCAGCAUCUCUUACUAUUCUGGAUUGAAGGAGGACAAAAUGAUGGAAAACCAUUAUCUUUCUGCUGCGGCGGAAGUCUUGUCUGGUUGUGCCUCUGCCAGCGAAGGGGAGACCAAUGACGUCCAUCCAACUAUCUCCUUUGUCGGAGCCCCCACUGAGGAUUCGAGCUUGCCAGAAAUAACUGAUAGAAUGCUUGGAAGGUGUGAGUCGUAUUGGGAGAUCCGUUUUGUAUCCCAGUUCGUCUCCAAUCUAAUAAUUUCUUCCGGCUUGUGCCUCCAAGCAACUGUCCUGCAAAGCCUAGCAAUUUGGUGCCACCUCAGUUUCCAUCAAGAUCACUCCUUCCUCAGUAAUGAUGCCCAUGUGUUCGAAAAUUUCCAUUCCUGGGCUGCUGGAGCACCAGAGCCUACAACUAUACAGCAGGACCGUCUGAUUCUUAGGGCACAACCUCUAUUUUGUGGUGCAACUGGAGACUUACUAAGCUUACCUACAUACUCCGAGGACAUUAACCUUUCCUCAUUGUUCCCACUGUCCAACUUCAUUUGCAACAUUCAGCAAGCUACCGAUAGUUGCAAUAUUUCUUCGAGAUCGUAG